GGCCAUGCACACGGGAGUACCGGACUUGGGUCGAGGGCCCACGAAAUUCCGGCCGAUGCGCCGGCCAUCCGCCGCCCGCCCGCUAGCUAGUCCCCGCCGCCGUGGCGCGCCCGGCGCGGCGCUCCCCUGGCGUCUGCCCGACCGUCCUUGUCACCGCCGCCGCUGUGCUGCUCCCGCGCCCCGCGAGCUUGAACGCGCCUCCUCGGGAUCCCGGCGUCGGCGGCCGUGAGAAGCCUCAGCUCGAGUCCACACAACUCUGAUUUCAGGAGGACCGGUUCUAGUUAUUACAACAUUGGUAUGGAAGGCUUCCAUGGUGGUCAGAGCGCUUGUCCUCAAUCUGAGCAACACUCUGAUCAUGUGUCUGACUCGGUCGAGGAUGCAAUAUCUGAUGAGGAUGUUCUUGCACCAACAAGACUCUCAUUAGCUUUUGCUGCUUCAAAAGAAAGAGAGAAGGAAAACAAAAUGGUGGAGCAGGAUGAAUCAGCCAUCUGGGAUGAAGUUCUGGAAGAAGCUGAUGAACUGGCCUAUGUUCACAAAGUUCCUCCUAGUAUAUCAUUCCUAUCUGCUGGAACAGGCAAAAGGAGAAAAAGUGAAAACAAGCUCAAAUUCUCAAUACGUGGAUCCAGUUCUGUUUCGUUGAAUGUGAAGACUGAAAAUUCAUACGUUGGGGAGCAAAAAACUUCAUCAGGAGUGCCAACAAAUGGAGCUCCAGAAAAUAUGAUGGCUGAGCUGAUGGAAAAUAUCAAGGAAGAAACUGAAGAUUUGCCCUCAGAGUUUGCCUGUCCAACCAAGAAAGCAAAUAUUUCAAUUUCUGAACUUCUUGAUAAUCUUCAGGAUAGAAGUGCCUCCUCUGUUGGAACACCAUUUUCGUUGCACCAACACACCGCAGCUAAGGAAGAUAAACCAAAAGUCCCUACUUCGAAGAGAACAUUGGCACUUCUAGGUCAGAGGAAUCUUGAGAUUGAGAAUCCCUUGGGGCAUAUAAUUGGUGAAACAUCUAGCGAGGAGGAAGACAAUGUUGAAAACAACUUGGCUUUGAUCAACAAAGAUGUGAAGGGGCAAACUAUGGCUGAUAUAUUCCAACAAGUAUUUAAUGCAACAAGCAUGGACUGUUCUACACUUCCCGUGAGAUCAUAUGGCAGAGCUGGUUAUUAUGGACGUAUGCAGCAGAUUCUGCAGAUGGAGAAAGAUAGGCAUGCUGAGUUCCUAAGACAGUAUAACAGAGAGCAAGAUUGUUUAGGCGAUUCAAGGGGCAUUACUGUUCAAAUUUUGUCAAGGUCUUUGGAAGGAAAGCUAACCAUCUGCCGUUGUUUGUUCAUGGAAAAGAGUAGUUUGCCUUCUACAGGCGAUGUCUCAACAGAUUGUGCUAUGGAUGGUAGCAGCAUGAAGAGGACCAUUAUCUUCAGCCCCAAGAUCUGUGACAGCGUGGAUCUUGUAGCAGGAAACAUUAUUCAUAUUUUCCCACCAUGGAAAGAAGUCAAGGUAAAAGAAGAGACCGUGCUUCUUUGCACCUACUUCUCCCGUCGUGGACGUUGAUACUCGAUAUGCAUUUUUUUACCCCUUUUCGACGAACUGAUGGUGAGGAAGACGAAGCAACGACCAUGUAUGGCCGUGUCCGGUGUUGGCGUGCAAGCGGCUGACCUGAUGGUUUAGAUCAUUUUAGGAUACUCCUGAUGUUAGUUGUUACCUGCUGACGAGGUAGAGUGAAUCUGUACCCAACGGAAGAGAGGUUGUGUCGUUGCUGAUCACCGAUGCAACCAGUACAAAUCUAAUGCAGCAAUGUAUUGCUUUUUUGUGUGUCAUGUGUCUGGGGGAUAACGAUAGCAAUGACGCAUUCCAAAUUCUGAGGACUAAUGAUAGCAAUGGUGCAAACAAGCCAAUCUUAGUCCCUGGACGCCGAGACCAUGCAUUCGGAAGAAGCUC